AUGUUUUGGAUAUUUUUUGUUUUACUGAUAUUUUCCACUGGUGAUUGUAUUCUUAUCGAUCAAAUUACAUCAACAUCACCUUCAUCAUCAUCAUCAUCAAGCACCUCAUCAUCAACAAGCACCUCAUCAUCACCAUCGUCAACAACAUCAUCGUCAUCAAGCCCCUCAUCAUCAUCAUCGUCAACAACAUCAUCGUCAUCAAGCACAUCAUCAUCAUCAUCAACAUCAUCAACAACAUCAUCAUCUUCAACAACAACAGCAGUACCAGGAUGGACAAUAACAGGAAACAUGAACUUUGCGCGAUAUUCUCACACAACAUCCACAUUAGCAAAUGGAUCAGUAUUAGUUGCUGGUGGAAUUGGUAGUGAUAAUGGCUAUCUUAAUACUACUGAAUUGUACUAUCCAUCAACAGGUAUUUGGACAACAACAGGAAACAUGAAUUUCAUACGAGGAUAUCACACAGCAUCCACAUUAGCAAAUGGAUCGGUAUUAGUUGCUGGUGGAUCUAAUAGUGCUAGUUUUGUAAAUACUGCGGAAUUAUAUAAUCCAGCAACAGGUAUUUGGACAAGCACAGGAAGCAUGAAUGCCGCACACGCAUAUCACACAGCGUCCACAUUAGCAAAUGGAUUAAUAUUAGUUGCUGGUGGAUCUUCUAUUAGUGUAGAAUUGUAUAAUCCAUCAACAGGUACUUGGACAACAACAGAAAGCAUGAUUUUUGGACGACAAUGGCAUACAGCAUCCACAUUAACAAAUGGAUUAGUUUUAGUUGCUGGUGGAUCCUACGGCUCUAUUUAUCGGAAUAGUGCUGAAUUAUACAAUCUAACAAAAGGCACUUGGACAACCACAGGAAGCAUGAGUAUUGCACGAAGAGAUCACACAGCAUCCACAUUAGCAAAUGGAUCAGUGUUAGUUGCUGGUGGAUAUAACGGUGGUUCUUCCAAUAGUGCUGAAUUGUACAAUCCAGCAAUAAGCACUUGGAUAACCGUAGGAAACAUGAGUUUUGCACGAUAUUUUCACACGGCAUCCAUAUUAGCAAAUGGAAAAGUAUUAGUUGCUGGUGGAGAUAGUAGUGCUGAGCUUUAUUAA